CUAUUGAACAUUCCUUUCUUUCGCACAUCGCUAUCCAGUCAUGCUUGUCCAGCUUUCAGCUCUCUCUACCGUCUCUGUCCUUGGUCUGGCUCUCCUCGCGUCGGCAGCACCAAGCGAGCCCAUCCCGUACGGUUCAUCGUACGGUGCCGCGGCUCCUGCGUCCGCAUCGUCUCUCGCCCCCGAACUCUAUAGCUCGGCCGCCGCUCCUUACAGCCAGCCCUCUCCUUCUUCUGAGGUUUCCGCCGCGGUUCCAGCCCCGUACAGCUCUGAGUCUCCGGCCCCGUACAAGGAGUACGCUCCUGAGGUUUACAGCUCUGCUCCGGCCCCGUACAGUUCGGCGGCACCUGAGCCGUCCAAGACUCCUGAGGUCUACAUCUCAGCCCCGGUCUCGUACAGCUCUCCUGCUCCUGUGCCCUCCAGGGCUCCUGAGGUCUACAGCGCUGCUCCAGCGUCUUACAGCUCGGCGGCUCCUGCGGUCUACAGCUCUGCUCCGGCUCCUUACAGCUCGGUGGUUUCUGGGGCGUACGCCUCCGUCCCGGUCUCGUACAGCUCGGCGGCUCCUGAGCCCUCCAAGGCUCCCGAAGCCUAUAGCUCUGCUCCGGCUUCUUACAGCUCGGCGGCACCUGCGCCGUACAAAGAGUACGCUCCUGAGGUUUACAGCUCUGCUCCGGCACCGUACAGCUCGGCGGCUCCUGAGGUCUACACCUCCACCCCGGUCUCGUACAGUUCGGCGGCACCUGAAUCUUCCAAGGGUCCUGAAGUCUAUAGCUCGGCGGCACCGGCACCGUACAAGGAAUACGCUCCUGAGGUCUACAGCUCUGCUCCGGCACCGUACAGCUCGGCGGCUCCUGAGGUCUACACCUCCACCCCAGUCUCGUACAGCUCGGCGGCACCUGAACCUUCCAAGGGUCCCGAAGUCUAUAGCUCGGCGGCACCGGCACCGUACAAGGAAUACGCUCCUGAGGUCUACAGCUCUGCUCCGGCUCCAUACAGCUCGGUGGUUCCUGAGGUCUACAGCUCUGCUCCGGCGGCGUACAGCUCGGUGGCACCUGGGCCAUCCAAGGCUCCCGAAGCCUAUAGCUCUGCUCCGGCUCCUUACAGCUCGGCGGCACCAACGCCGUACAAAGAGUACGCUCCUGAGGUUUACAGCUCUGCUCCGGCACCGUACAGCUCGGCGGCUCUUUACAAGGCUCCUGAGGUCUAUAGCUCUGCGGCACCGGCACCGUACAAGGAAUACGCUCCUGAGGUCUACAGCUCUGCUCCGGCUCCUUACAGCUCGGUGGUUCCUGAGGUCUACAGCUCUGCUCCGGCGCCGUCCAGCUCGCCUGCACCUGAGCCGUACAAAGCGUAUGUUUCCGAGGUUUACAGCUCUGCCCCGGCUUCGUACACCUCAGCGGCACCUGAGCCGUACAAGGCCUCUCCUUCGGAAGUCUACAGCUCCGUGGCCAUGCCGUACAGCUCGUCUACCCCUCAGGUUUACACCUCUCUGGCGCCUGAACCUUACAAGGCGUAUGCUCCUGAAUACAACUCGACAUCUGCCCCAUACGCCAAGCCUACUGCUGAGGCGUACAGCUCUGCUCCAGCUCCAUACAGUUCGGCGCCACCUGAGGUCUACAGUCCUGUUAUGGCAUCGUCCAGCGCCUACACUAUCAAAGUAUACAGUUCUGCCAACAGCUUGCCUGCUCCUGCACCCACGCCCUAUGCCACUUGGGGACCCAAGCCGGUAGCUUACAAGAGGGGCGAUUACAAGCCUGGGGAAGAGCCAAAGGUAUACAAACCGGAGGAGAAGAGGCCGGAGGUGUACAAGCCUGAGGCGAAGAAGACCGAGGUUUACCCAGCUCCUGCACCGGUCUACCAAGCCAUCGAGGAACACGAUGUCAAGCAAUGCAAUGUCGGCGAGCUACGUUGCUGCAACACUGUUGAGACGGCUUCCGCCACCUCUGCCAGCAAGGAACUUGCCGUCCUUGGCCUCGUCUUGCAGGACCUGAAUACGCCCAUCGGGCUCAACUGCGAUGCUCUUAACACGGGAGGGUUUGGCUCAGGCAGCAACUGCGCCCAGCAACCCGUAUGCUGCGAGAAGAAUGAAUAUGGUGGCCUUGCGAUCGGCUGUACUCCCGUUAAUGUCGUCCUUUGAGAGACAGCCUUUUAUGAGAGGUUGUAGAUCAGGGAGCAGUGAUUUUCGGGUUUCAGUCCUACUAUUAUCACAUACUAUAUAUCACCACCUGUCUUUACUGCGUUAUUUCCUUUUCCCGUACAGGGUUUUAAUGGUCCGCUAUACAUAUGCGGUUAAUAUGCU